AUGGCAGAUAUUAGCAUCAUCGUCACAGGGGGUGCAUCCGGCAUAGGACUUGCGACAGUUCGAAAACUGGCAGUCAAGUGGCCCGAUGUCAAGACACAUAUCUCAGUCCUGGAUAUCAACACCCAGCAAGGCGAAAACAUCGUCCAGUCACUACAGCAUGAUUUUCCUUCUUCGAACGCCGCAAGUUUCAGUUUCCACCGUUGCGAUGUUGCAUCGUGGGACAGCCAGGCGACGGCGUUUGAGGACGUGGUUGCUUCGCAGGGGCGAGUCGAUAUUGUCUUUGCCAACGCUGGAGUCGCUGAGAAAGGAGCCUUUAUGGAACCGAGCGAGAAGCCGACCAAGCCUAACAUGCUGUCGUGCGAUAUCAACUUCUACGGAGUUCUGUACACUGUCAACCUAGCAAUGCACUAUCUGAACAAAAACCAAAUCUCGACACGGACAGGUCUCAGGGGCAGCAUCAUAUGCACAGCCUCCAAUAGUGGCCUGUACCCCUUUCCCCUGGAGCCCAUGUACGCAGCCGCCAAACACGGCGUUGUCGGGCUAGUGAGAUCCCUCGGCCGACGACUUAUUUCCGGCAAAAUCCAAGUCAACGGGCUCGCGCCGUGUGUUGUCGAAACCAACAUUGCUCCUGGCGUAGGCCAGCUUGAUGGCAUUAUUCUCACACCUGUUUCGACCGUAGUUCGUGCUGUUGAGAUGCUUCUCGACGACAGCUCAAUCACUGGCCAGAUUACCGAGGUCUCGGACGAUCGCGUCACGUUCUCACCUCCCCCGGAAUAUGUCGAUGAGAGUACCACCAAGAACUACAGGAUUUUGUGUGCAUUAGUUGAAGGUGCGACUUCUUCUUGA